GUGGGAGAAUAAGUCUUAAAUGCUUGGGAAAUGUGUGCUAUGUAUAAUAAAAGUCUGUUUUAUUUUUAAGGAAAGUCAACACUAUGAGAUGGAACAACCUAACAAGACCUUCUGAAUUUGUCCUAAUGGGGCUCUCCUCUAGGCCAGAGGAUCAGAUGCCUCUCUUUGCCUUAUUUCUAGCCAUCUACAUGGUCAUUCUGAUGGGAAAUCUAAUCAUUAUCCUUGUCAUCUAUUCCGAUAAUCGCCUGCAGACUCCCAUGUACUUCUUUCUAAGCAUCUUGUCUUUUGUUGAUAUUUGCUACACAACAGUUACUAUUCCAAAGAUGCUGACAAACUUCUUAUCAGAAGCAAAGUCCAUCCUUUAUACUGAAUGUCUGACACAGAUGUAUUUCUUCUUAUCCUUUGGAAAUGUGGAUAGUUACCUCCUAGGCGCCAUGGCCAUUGAUCGUUAUGUGGCCAUUUGCAACCCCUUUCAUUACGUCACCAAAAUGAGCUAUAAAUUCUGUGGCAUCUUAUUGGUAUUCGCGUUCAUCAUCCCAUUUCUUCAUUCACUACUCCAUGUCCUCUUAGUGAAUCGACUCACCUUUUGUGCCUCCAAUGUUAUCAGUCACUUCUUCUGUGAUGUAAACCCAGUGCUUAAGUUGUCCUGCUCAUCUACGUUUGUCAAUGAGAUAGUGAUAAAGACAGAAGCUCCUUUUGUCAUAAUGACCCCCUGUACAUGUAUCAUAAUCUCCUACUUGAGAAUCUUCAUCACUGUUCUGAAGAUCCCUUCAGCAGCUGGGAAAUAUAAGGCCUUCUCUACCUGUGGUUCUCAUCUCACUGUGGUUAUUUUGUUUUAUGGAAGUGCAAGUUAUGUAUAUUUUCAGCCCCUAUCUAGUUAUACAGUCAAAGAUCGCGUAGCAACACUUUUCUAUACUAUACUAAUUCCAAUGCUAAAUCCAUUUAUCUACAGUCUGAGAAACAAAGACAUGAAGCGGGGCUUGGGGAAGCUGCUUGUCAAAAUAAAAUCUCAAUAA